AUUAAUCGUCAACAUGGCUCAGGACAUGCCUCUAUUUGUGCAACAGUUGUGCUUUCUCUUCUUCAUCUUCUGCCCAUUUCCUCCUCUCUACAAUUCAUACUACUCUGCGCGUGCGUAAGUCCAGCAGACAUCAACUCCAAGUUCGCCGACUUGAACCCGUAACACAGCGUUCAAGAAUCCAUAUAUACCAUUUCUAAGCAUCCGCAACCAUGAAGCACCUUCAACUCACCCCCGGGUCCGGAGUCAAGCCCUUAAAAGACAGCCGAUCCGUCCCCGCCGCCCUCCCAGAAGCCCAAGGAACAAGAAUCCACCCAGCAAACGCGCCAGACGCCUCAACAAACGCCUCCCUCUUCUUCGUCGGCACCGCAACCACGAUCCUAGAAUGGGAAGGCCUGCGCAUUCUCACUGACCCCAACUUUCUCCACGCAGGCGAUCACGUGCACCUCGGCCCCGGCGUCAGCGCAACCCGGCGCACCAAUCCCGCCAUCGACAUCGAAGAGCUGCCGCACAUCGAUGCCAUACUGCUUUCACAUUAUCAUGAAGACCACUUCGACCGGCUCGUCGAAGACAAGCUGUCCCGUGAUAUUCCGAUCAUCACCACGCCCCACGCCCACAGCUGUCUCACGAACAAAGGCGCGGACUCGUUUACCAAUGUGCACGCGCUCAACUUCUGGGACAGCCUAAUUGUCGACGUGCACCCCAAGACUGGCACGAUAAGUACAACACCAAGUCUGAAAAUAACCGGCAUGCCGGGAAAACACGUUCCCCCGGGUCCUCUCAACGCGGCCAACGAGAUCCUCGGCGCCGUACCCCCGACAAACGGAUGGAUGAUCGAGCUCGGCUAUUCAUCUCCACCGUCAUCAAGCGCGGAUGAUUUCGCAAGCGGGUACAUGGUGUACAUCACCGGGGACACCCUUCUCGUCGACGAGCUCAAGGAAAUACCACAGCGCUAUGAAGGGAUGGAUAUCGAUCUCAUGCUCGUUCAUUUGGGCGGGACUACGAUUCCGGGACCCAGUAUGCCGUUGUUGAUGGUUACUAUGGAUGCGAAGCAGGGCGUCGAGUUGAUGCACCUCAUUAACCCGGAUGUGACGAUUCCGAUUCAUUAUGAUGAUUAUGAUCUUUUCAUGAGCCCGCUGGAUGACUUCAAGAAGGAGGUUGAGAAGGCGGGGUUGGGUGCGAAGGUGGUGUAUUUGGACCGGAAGGAUCAAUAUAAGUUUUUGGUUAAGCAGGAGGGGGAGAAGAAGGGGAUUAAGGAUUUGCCAAGUGUAGGCUGAGAAGAUAGCUGGAAAUGAACACAGUCUUUGACGGCGCAAAAGUACUCUGGCGUACAGAAUAUGCGCAACUCUCC